GGUGGUCCUCAGUGGCGGGGGGCGAGGACUGCCUGUGGUACGUGGACAAGAACGGCUCGUGGCAUCCCGGCUUCGACUGCGAGGCUCUGUCGUUCUGCUGCGGCUCCUGUCACCAGCGGUACUGCUGCUAUGACCCCCUGCGCCUCCUGACCGAGCGCCAGCAGCGCCACUGCCUCGCCUUCAGCCCUAAGACCAUCGCGGGCAUCGCCUCGGCCGUGGUGCUGUUCAUCGCCAUCGUCACCACCAUCGUCUGCUGCUUCAUGUGCUCCUGCUGUUAUCUGUACCAGCGGCGGCAGCACCUCCGCACCCCCCUGCAAGGCCCUGAGAUCCCGCUGGCCAGCUAUCCUGCACCCCCACCCGCUCCCUUCCCUGUGGACCCCAAAGCCGGCCCCGUGCCCCCCCAGCCCGGCUUCACCCCCAUGGCCAUGUACCCACCCACCGGCCCCGCCGCCCAGUACCCGCUGUACCCCUCAGGACCCCCAGUCUACAACCCCACAGCACCACCACCCUACGUCCCCGCACAACCCAGCUAUCCCGGUGCCUGAGCCCCCCUGGCGACCCCUCUCUCAAUGGGGACACCCGU